GGGACAGCUGCAGUACCGCCGCGGAGCCUCCAGCACAGGGGGCGCAAUGCACCCUCUGAGCCGCUCUGGGCUGCGGCGCUGCAGCUCUAUGAUGCUUUGGAACCAACCAAGUAGGGAAGAGGGGAAUCCACGGACUCGGAACGGCGAAUCCACCCUCAGUGGCACUGCGCGGCCGGGAACGGCACCGAAGAGGCAAAAUGAUAACGGAAUCAAGUUCAGAGUGAUGAAACACAGUGGUCAUGGCCGGAAUAGCCGCUAGGGUGGCCGGUGGUGUGUCCUGAACCCCCCGCGCAGGUGGGAUGAUCCACUUCCCUCCUCCGUGCCGUCAGAUGGUCGGGCCCGGGCGCCGCUGCUGUGGCCCCGCCAGCGCCGGCCCUGCCAUGAACUGCCGCGCCGAGGUGCUGGAGGUGUCGGUGGAGGGCAGGCAGGUGGAGGAGGCCAUGCUGGCCGUGCUGCACACCGUCCUGCUGCACCGCAGCACCGGCAAGUUCCACUACAAGAAGGAGGGCACCUACUCCAUCGGCACCGUGGGCACGCAGGACGUGGACUGCGACUUCAUCGACUUCGCCUACGUGCGCGUCUCCUCCGAGGAGCUCGACCGGGCCCUCCGCAAGGCUGUCGGGGAGUUCAAGGACGCGCUGCGCGGCUCCGGCUCCGACGGCAUGGGGCAGAUCUCCCUGGAGUUCUACCAGAAGAAGAAAUCCCGGUGGCCCUUCUCGGACGAGUGCAUCCCCUGGGAGCUGUGGACCAUCAAGGUGAACGUGGUGAACCUGGCCAACGAGCAGGAGCGGCAGAUCUGCCGCGAGAAGGUGGGGGAGAAGCUCUGUGAGAAGAUCAUCAACAUCGUGGAGGUGAUGAACCGCCACGAGUACCUGCCCAAGAUGCCCACCCAGUCCGAGGUGGACAACGUCUUUGACACCAGCCUGAAGGACGUGCAGCCCUACCUGUACAAGAUCUCCUACCAGAUCACGGACUCCCUGGGCACCUCGGUCACCACCACCAUGCGCCGCCUCAUCAAGGACACGCUGGCGCUGUAGGGCUGGUGUCACCCAGGCAGGGUCACCGUGGGCCGUGGCAUUUUUGGGCCAGUGACUCUGCUUGGAUCCCCUCCUUCUUCACCUGCAGAAAGCCUCUGGGAGGAGCUUGGCUUGGCCUAGCCUGUAAUUUGGAGGUUGCUGCUCCUUGGUUUGUGCCGUGGGGUUUUGUCCAUCCUGGAGAACUGGCUCAGUGGCUCCGGCCUGGCUGAUGACCGGGGUGAGUCCUCAGGGCACGUGUGGCACCAGCCCUGAGUGGAGCAGGGGCCUGGCAGAGGGUGCUGGGGGUCAGGGUGGCACCCCACCCCACCCCUCUGCAGCACACUUGGUGCCACACAGCCAGUGCUGGCCUUGUCCCUUAUCACCACCUGUCCCCAGUGUCACUGCUGUCCCUGGGGGGCCAGAGCUGCCCCAAAAAUAAAGAGUUUCUGCUUUCA